ACCACUGAAUGUACAGUUUAAAUGCAAUCAGUUACAUUUAUUCUAAAGCAAUAGAAAAUACUAGUUUUAGUUUCUGACAGUUUUGUUGCUGAGACACUGUAGACGUUUGAAUGAAAAUCAUUCUUUUUAACAAAAGUGCAUAUCUAACAAAUAACGAUGUUGAUCGAUGUUUUGAUCGUUUUGCUCGCUUUUAAUCUGUUUGUGCUUAAUCACAUCAGUACUCGUAUAAAAUAAACUGAAUUUGAUUCCAUUGCUACCUAUCUAACUAAAGCUGCAAGAUGACAGGGGCUGACUAUGACAGUAAAGGUUCAAAGGUGCCGUUGGAACAUAUUUUCAAGGCACAGGCAGCACCUAUCAGAGCACAAUUGUUCAUGAAAGUAUAUAAAAAUGGUAUUGUUAGAGUGGCGUGUUAGGUUAAACCUCAGCUCAAUCUCCUCGCUAAAGAAGAUUGUCUACCUUGUUCUCUCAACGUUUACUCAGGCCAAACUUUGUUAUGUGGUUUUGAAGUCACGUCUAGUGUCAGACCGUUCGAUUGUCAUUUGAAGGUGUCACACAACUCAUCAAAAGCUAGGAGAAACAAGUGCAACAUCAUUGACAGCAACCCAGGUGUGGUUACUUCAAACGUUUAAGUGAUGCUUCAGGGGAAAUGUAACCUUUGAAUUGCCUUUGGAAGUCCUCAUCAUCCAAGUUUCGGGGGCGUAGGUGGUAUGGUGACGUGUCUAUUACUACAGAUGGACCACAAUAAUGUGCCCACCUCGUUACUUGGCAUACCGGUUAACUGUUCUCUAUUUCCAUUUGUUCUGCUCAGACCCAUCCUCAUCACCUUUCAGACACUCACACCCACUCUCAAACUCAUGCACACGUACCCCCUCCGUCACACUCCCUCCACCUUCCACGUCAGACAGCUAUAUAAAAAGAGUCAGCGACUGAAAGGAAAGCAGCAUCUCUUCAGCUUCAAAAUAUUUGUGACCACCAGCUGAGCUCUCCUACUGCUACUACUACUUCCACGACUACCAAUACUACUUCCACUCCCACUACUCCCAUCUCUUUCUCCAGAUCUCUGCCUGUUCCCAGCGCCUCUCUCCAAAGUUCCACCAUGCAGAUCCUGGUUGUGUUAGCAGCCUUCAUGGGGGUUCUGCUCAGUGUCAGGGCAGCCGCCGUGCUUCCUGUGGAAGACAGGAGCCCCAUUCAGGGACUGAACAGGGGACAAGACCUAAGCAAACACAGCAAAGAGCUGAUAAUGAAACUGGUGUCCAGCUUGCUAGAAGCAGCAUUGGACACCAACAUUAUCCCAGAGGAGACAUCACCUGAGGAACUGGCAGAGCCGCUGCAGUCGCACCUGGAGGAGAGGGCUGUCUACAACAGACUAUCACUACCCCAGCGCGAUCGCAAGGCUCCUUGUAAAAACUUCUUCUGGAAAACGUUCACAUCAUGCUAACAGAAUAAAAACACAAAUCAAGCUUACCCCUGCCAGCUCUUCAUGAACUGUAGUGGACCUCAGCUGUGCAAAUCAACGCCACCUGUCAAACAUGUCGCCAUUGAUGGACUUAACAGGACACACCUUGUCACUUUUCAAUACAUGUACUGUAUUUGUGUGUCUAUUCAUUACAUUUACAAUGUAUCUUUAGAAGUGACAUCUUUCUUUUCAGGGUAAAGAAUAAAUCAUGGUUGGAUAUAUGGAUAUGGUGAAAUAAAUACAU